AUGGAAACUGCUACUAGCGGGACGUACGUACUCGACGAUGGCCGCAGAAUAGCGUACAAUAUCUGCGGUGCUACAGAGGGACAUACUGUCUUCCAUCUGCACGGCUGGCCUGGAUCUCGGACCGAAUGCUCUCUAUUCGCUCUCGAAGCCGCCGAGCUUGGUGUCAGAAUCGUCGCGAUUGAUCGUCCAGGUAUCGGUCUUAGUGCGCCACAGCCCAGGCGCACGGUGAUUAAUCAUGCGCUCGACAUCAGACAAGUCGCCAAGCAUCUUGGUAUCAAGGAGUAUAGUGUGAUGGGAGUGAGUGGUGGUGGGCAAUACGCACUAGCAUGUGCGUUUUACAUUCCACCUGAAGAGCUCAUAUCAGUUGCUCUAGUGUGCGGACAGGGCCCGAUCGAGAUCAGUCUUCGUGGCAUGAAGUUGGGCAACCAGAUCGUCGUGCGAGGGUUUCAGUACUGCUCCACCUUUCUCCGGCUCUUAAUGUAUGGAGCCAGCCAGGUGCUAAAGCUCCUAAACACGGACAAGAUACCCAACGAGCGGAUCGUGCAAGCGUUUCAGACAUUGAGUCGGUGGAACAUGCUGGGAGUAGCAGAGAAGGACAAGCAAGUAAUGGCGGACCACGACACAAUGCUUGCGAUCAUUACAAGCGUAAGGGAACAUUUUAGACAAGGUGUGGAUGGAUGUCUCGAAGAAGGCAGAGUGACGACCUCGACCAUGGGCUUUGAAGUGAAUGAAAUCAGACGCAACGUGCUCUUGUGGUACGGCCGAGAAGACGCCGACGUGCCCGCUGCCAUUGGAGAGGAGAUUGCUGUACAACUGGGCUCAGAACGCCACAUCGCUACAGCCGGGGGUUAA